AUGUUUCAAAACGACCGAUUUCAAGAAUUAAAAAUGUAUUCAGGUGUUGGACAUAAUUGUAAUGCUUUGUUUAUUCAUACAGAUGCUGUUGUUGCACAUUUAGCUGCGAAAUCCUGUCUGACCAUGGAACAAGUUUUAGAUCCAUCAGAUAAUAAAUCAAGUACUGUACGACCGAUACAUGGUGAGACACAAUUAAUUGCCUAA